CCCAAUGUGUUGGUUGUUUAAACAUAUAAUUUUGUGAGUAAAACCUCUUUUCAGACUGGUAUUGAAGAUGAUGACAUUUUCAAUCUGCCUGAGGCUGCGCGCCAAAUGCCACAGUCAGUUGCUAGUUGUGCUAACUGCACGGAUCCAACCACAACAACAACUGUAAAAGCGCCAACAACCACUAAUGUUACAAAAACAACAACAAAGCCAAAGGUGAAUGCCACCGACAAUGGGAGCGCAGAAUCACAGCAUCAGCAUAGGGGAAAGAGUACAAUAAAUUCCUUGCUAACGCGCACACGCGUCUACCAUAUACUCGGAGAUCUAUUGAAAAAAAGCGGCUACAACGGAGAACCCUGCCUACUAAGUUUAAUUUGCGAGACAAACUUCUCAAGUCUAGGUGAAGUCAACGGUAUACUGGGCACAUUAGUUCAUAUACUUUUUUCUCCAAGCACAUCUGAGUACGAAAAUCUGCCACUUUCCUACUAUCAAGCCGAAGUGGACGGUGCUCAUGGCUUUUGUGAACACUAUGCGGCUGAAUGCGAAGAGAAUCCGUUGCAUUUGAUUUCAGCGCGAUUGGGUGAUAUUAUCGAUGAUUUUAUGAGUAGUAAAUAGAGGAAAAAAAUAAAGUUGAAAUAAUAAAAAAACAGGGAAAAGGCCAAUUAAAUAUUUUAAUGUGCUCUCGAUUUAAAGCCACAUUUUUCAACGCCUUUCAAAAUACGAAGUUUACGUAAAUCCACUAGAUCAAGAUGAGGUUAACACGGCAAUAAAACAAAAAGGUCCUUUGUAAGCAGAGUACCCGCUAAGCUCUUCAAAGUGAAGAGCUGGUUGGUUGCAUAUAUUUAUAUACGUACAUACGUACGCUUAACAAAUUUCUCUUAUGAAUACCUCUUUAUGGAUUUCAUGUAUUUUGCCUGCCUGGUUCCUACAAAAAAAAAUGGUUAUGUGGAAAAGAAAAUUUGAAGGUCGAGUGCUUAGAGGCUUAAACCUAAGCUUUUCUAUGGAAGUGAAAUAUCUAAGCAUAACUCUGGCCACGAAGAUUAUGUGCGGACAUUAAAACAAAGGUCUGCUGUGAUAGCCAAGCUGCUUUAAAGGUAUUGGAAACCGCUUGGCUUAACUUCGUCACAAAUGGAGCAGGCUUAAAUACAUGAUGUCACGUAUAAGGCUCAUGAGGAGUACAAUAAUGCUAACAGAAAUAACACAAACAAUGUUUGAGAAAAAUUUGAGAAAAUGUUUAGUUUCAAAUGAUAAACAAUGCUGAAAAUCCAAUUGAGCAAUACGAUUUUCCCAAACGUUUGAAAAUUUUUCUCUAACAUUGUGGCUGCGUUUCUUUAUACAUUCCGGAUAAUCCCAUUUCACAGCCGGA